GAGAACCAUAAUUUCACAGGUAAUAGCCAACUCGAGGCGGAGCGUAGCGUCCUCAAACUGAAGCACGGGUUGGAUUCCAUGCAGGUGUGCGGAAAGAGAAGAGAACGAACAAAGCAGAAGCGGCGUUCGCUGUUUCAAGAGCCAAAUGGCGAUACAGAAAUACCUUUAAAAUGACUUGAGUGCAAACGGAAUUCAACAUGGGGAAUUUAGGUGUGUGCUGUGCAGACCUGAAGGACAACAAGACCCUUAUGAAAAUGGGCCUAGGACUGGUGCUGGUGGGACACGUCAACUUCUUGCUGGGAGCGCUGGUACACGGCGUUGUGCUCAGGCACAUCAACGUGCAUGUUCAAGCCAGGGUCAUGGGGUACGCCAUCUACAUCAUCAUCGCCCUGGUGGCAGGGCUCGUGGGAAUCAUAGCUGGAAUAGUAGCCAUUGUCCUAUCCAAAAACCUGAAAAACAGGAUUCUGAUGUGGGCGCUGUUGGUGGUCAGUUUAGUGUCAGGCCUUCUGGCAGUCGCCUCCACUGUGGGGUUAACCAUUUCCAUGGUUAAGGCCAUUAUGAGUGGAGGUCGGGGCCUGCUGAAGAAUUGCAAGUUCCCUGACGCGAUUGGCUACUCCAGUGUCAAUGAGUGCCCCUUUGACCCCACAAGGAUCUAUGAAACAACUAUUAUUCUGUGGGUUCCUCUCAUUCUAAUGUGUGUGGUGGAAGUGGUGUUCUCAGGCCGCUGUUUUGCUGUCUGCACCUCCUUCCUCCGCCUCUGUACGUGCAGAAGACGAAGGAAGAUUGUCAAUGGCAGAAGGGUGCGCAUUCAGACUCCAGGUGAAAUGUUACCGGUGUCGCCUUCUCCUGAGUCAGAAACUGAGUCAGAGCCGGCAGAGCAACAUGAACUGCUGAAGCCUGACUCACCGACCGAGAGGAGUGAAUGGGUCUGAACUAAUCCACCAUCUGCACUGACUGUUCAGGACCCAUGGUUCCUGUAUGUUGACUGGAGGAAGUAGUGCUAUUGAAUAACUAGCCAAAUUUGAGGUUCUUGUCACAUGAUUACUGUUUCUUGAAAGAAAUAUGUUCAAGACUAACCUUGAUGUCAAUGCAAAUAUUGUUUACUUAACCUGUUUCCCCUGCCAUGGAAAAGGAGUAGGGUUGCAAAGGGUGGGUAUAUUACUGUCGAGGUUUACCAGAACUUUAUCACAUGACAUCUAGUGGCCUUUUAAGUACUUCAGAUGAUCACAGGUAAAUUACGAAUAAAGUUUUUUAAAAAGCUGUAAAACAAGCUUCGUGAAUACCAUUUGAGGGUUUCAACAUGAAAUCCCUUUGUAAAUGUUUUGGCACAUGGAAAGUCAUAUUGGAGCAGUUGCAGAGUUAAUUGAAGAUAAUGCCAUUGUUGAUUAGUUCUCCAUUAAUUAGGCUAUUUCCUCUUGAACAUAUGUUCUAUCCACUAGAAAUUAAUGUACAUGAUGGACAGAAUACACUAAGUUAAUCAAGGAGCAACUGAAGAUGUUCUGGACUAAACAAUUCAAUGCAUUCGUAGUAUAUAGCUGUAGAUUUUCAUAGCAUUGGUUUCUUAAUGUGUGGCCCUUCAUAUUUGUAAGCACUACUGGGAAGACAUCUUCGCAGAAUAAAAUCAGUAAAUGUGUCAUGACAUUUUUGCUUGGCUUAAAGGAAUGUGCCUGUAUCAAAAUAUCAUUGCUGAACAUCAAUCCAGGAACGCUGAUUUCAUUGAAAUUGGGUCCGAAAUAGUCAUUGGAACUAAACAAUGACCUGUUUAAAAAUAAAAAAACUACAAUACA